AAAUAUGCAACACACAUUUGAGCAAACAAAAAAAAUACCACCUACAGGAUGACUCCCACAUCAGUGUAAUUUAAGCUAAAUUACGCGUAGCACAUACUUCCCAGCAAGCAAGAAAAAGCUGUAACAAGAAGAUAUUGUUCACAGGGGUGCACACACAGUUUAGUUGACUGUGUUCCUACAAUGGCCGAACUUGUAAUCGGUGUACUUACUGUUCUACUGGCGAUAUUAGCUGCUUGGUUUCUAUUUUUCACCAGAAGAAGGCGAGAAGAUGAACCUCCUCUAGAGAAUGGCUGGCUCCCUUAUUUAGGACUUGCCUUUCAGUUUGGGUCAAAUCCUCUUGAAUUUCUCCGAUCAAGACAAAAGAAAUAUGGUGAUGCUGUUACAUGUAAAAUAGCUGGGAGUUAUUUUACAUUUAUUCUGGACCCAUUCUCAUACGGUGCUGUGUUUCGAAAUGGGAAAAACUUGGAUUUCCAGAAGUUUGCCAUUGAAACCUCAAGGAAGGUAUUUGGUCAUGCAGACUUCACUGAUCCCAAGUACAAUUUAACCUAUGAGGAACUACAUCACAUUUUUCGUCAAACCCUCCAGGGCCCAGCCUUGCACCCCUUGACAUCUAACAUGAUGGAGAACCUGCAGUUUGUGAUGUUAAGAAGCAAGACUUCGGCAUGGACCACAGAAGGACUGUACAGCUUUACAUUUCGAAUCAUGUUUGAAGCUGGUUAUCUGACACUGUUUGGAAAAGACGAGAAGGCACUGAGGGACGAUACAGAACGGUUUGAGGCCCACAAGGUUUUAAUACACAAAGCUAUGAAUGAUUUCAAAGUGUUUGAUAAAGCUUUCCCACUAAUUGUUGCAGGUUUACCCAUAGGAAUUAUUAGAGGAGUAAAAGCAGCAAGAGAAGCCUUAGCUGAAAGACUUCAGCACAAGUACCUAAAGAAGAAUAGUAGUCUCUCUUCACUGACAGAGCAGAGAAUGCGUUUUUUUGAUCCAGUGCCACACCUUGAUGAGCUGGACAAGGCUAGAACUCACAAUGUCAUGUUGUGGGCAUCACAGGCAAAUACCCUUCCUGCAACUUUCUGGAGCCUGUAUUAUAUGCUAAGGUCACCUGAAGCAAUGCAGGCAGCAAAAACUGAAGUUGAGAAUAUGCUUCAAGAAACUAAUCAGAAGUCUGGAGAUACUGAGAAACCAGUUAGCUUUUCUAAAGAUCAGCUUGACAACAUGCCAGUAACAAACAGUAUAAUAGCUGAAGCUUUGCGCCUGUCCAGUGCCUCCAUUAUGAUCCGCAUUGCUACUGAAAACUUUACAUUGACCUUGGAUUCGGGUUCAAAGAUAGCUAUUCGCAAAGGAGACAGGGUUGCCAUGUAUCCUCAGAUGGUGCACUUGGAUUCUGACAUAUAUGAAGAUCCUGAGGAAUUCAAGUUCAAUAGAUUCUUGGAUGAAAAUGGACAGAAGAAAACUACUUUCUACAAAAACGGUAGAAAAUUCAAGAGUUACCUCAUGCCAUUUGGAUCUGGCAUCAGCGAGUGCCCAGGACGCUUUUUUGCAGUCAAUGAGAUAAAGCAGUUUCUGGCUUUGGUUCUGUGUUACUAUGACAUGGAGCUGCAAGGUGACGAAGCCCUGCCUCUGGACAACUCUCGAGCUGGUCUUGGAAUACUGCAGCCAAAACAGGAUGUUCUGUUCACAUACAAACUAAAAAACACUUGAUGAAAUCACAUAACUACUGUAUGAUUCACAGAAUGUUAUUGUGGUUUAGGAUGAGAAUAAAGCAAACUUCAGUGUAAA